UCUAGGAAGGAGCAAGAAAGCGCAAGUUUUCUGGUCUUUACUGUUCGGUAUGAUGAUAUACAGAUUUUUUCUCCUUUUGGUAGUUUUACUGCUUAAUGUGUGUGAAAUAACUCUCAGUGGGAAGGUACUGGUGCUUCCUGGUGAAUACAGUCAUUGGCACAAUAUGCGUGCGAUUGUGGAGGAGCUUGUGGAUCGUAAUCACAGCGUGACUGUUCUGGUGCACACAGCCUCACCUACGGUGAAAUACACGCAAAAGGAGCGCUUUGAAUACAUGGUUUUUGAAGUGAACAUGAAAAAAGACGAUGUACAGGACAUGUGGCAGGCACCUAUCCAUAUCUGGAUUAAUCAGAAUGCAACCAUAUUUGGGAAGAUAUCCUUCAUGUGGAAUAUAAUGUCAAGAUUUACAAGUUAUCUUGAGACAAUAUGUGAAGGGAUGAUCCUCAAUAAAAAGCUUGCAACAUCACUUACAGAGUCACACUAUGAUGUGAUUUUCUAUGAUCCUGUCAUGCCAUGCAGUGACCUGUUGGCAGAGACGCUUGGUGUGCCCCACGUGUUGUCUUUUCGACUCAGUUUUGCAUAUACUUUUGAGCGACUCUGUGGACAGAUGCCAGCUCCGCCAUCAUAUGUCCCUGCGGUCGCCAGCCAAGGACAUCUCACAGACCACAUGAACUUCAUAGAGCGAUUAGAGAACAUGUUGCUAUACAUUGCUCACACAGCUAUAAUCAGUCUACAAAUGACAUUUGUGUUUGAUAAGCAUUACACCAAAAUAAUGGGCAAACCCACAACCCUGUGUGACACUGUGGGAAAGGCUGACAUCUGGCUGAUCAGAUCCUAUUGGGACUUUGAGUAUCCACGACCAUUCCUGCCAAACUUCAAGUUUGUGGGUGGACUGCACUGCAAGCCUGCAAAGCCCCUGCCUAAAGAGAUGGAGGAGUUUGUUCAGAGCUCAGGGGAUGAUGGCAUUGUGGUGUUUUCACUGGGCUCCAUGGUAAAGAACCUCACCAAAGAGAGAGCCAACACCAUCGCUUCGGCACUCGGGCAAAUCCCUCAAAAGGUCUUGUGGAGCUACACAGGAGAGAAGCCUGACACUCUCGCUCCUAAUACAAGACUGUAUGAAUGGAUUCCCCAGAAUAACUUACUAGGACAUCCUAAAACCAAGGCCUUCAUCACCCAUGGUGGGACUAAUGGGCUGUAUGAAGCUAUUUACCAUGGAGUCCCAAUGGUGGGUUUACCACUGUUUGGUGACCAGCCAGAUAACAUGAACCACAUGAGAACAAAGGGAGCAGCUGUAAUGCUUGACAUCAACAAAAUGGAGGCCAGAGAUCUGAAGGAGGCUCUUACCAAUGUUAUAAAUAAUCCAUUGUACAAAGAGAACAUAAUGAGACUCUCCCGGAUCCACCAUGAUCAACCUAUGAAGCCUCUGGACCGGGCUGUCUUCUGGAUUGAGUUUGUGAUGCGGAACAAGGGGGCCAAGCACCUGAGAGUAGAAGCCCAUAACCUCACCUGGUACCAGUACCACUGCCUGGACGUGGCUGCCUUUUUACUCUCCAUAACUGCACUGGUCAUGUUCAUCUUUGUGAAAAUGUGCAGUUGGCUCUUCCGUAAAUGUUUAAGAAAGACCACAACAAGAAAGAGCAAGAAAGAGUGACUAAGUUAGUGUGUAUCACUAUAUUAGUAUAAGUAGUAAUUUCGGAUAAUCCUUCCUGUGAUGGGAGCCUAAAAUGCUGUUAAUGUACAUGAUAAAUGCAGUAGUUUUUUACUUGUCAGUUUGAUCCACUGCAGUUACUUUUGAAUCCUUGACCAGAAAGGACAGUGAUUUCAGCACAGUCUGAAGUAAUCAGACAUGUUUCUCAAAUUAUUUUUGUUCAAUUUUGCAGCACUCAAAGUUCAUGGCUAUCUAUAUCUUUUUCUUUUUAAGUGUUUUGCUUUGGCCAAAAUAAAACUGAAAUGUUAUAGCUUU